CUCUUGGCUAUUGUAGCAUCUCUUCCAUCUCAGUGGCUGACCGUUUUUUUUUUCCUUUUUACUUUUCUUGUUUUAUUUUUUAUCAGCACAUUUCUUUUCCCACUAUUGGUGUAUAUCCAAUUUUUGAUCUAUGGAUAGAUGGGAUUGUCUUCCUUGUUCCUUAAUAUACAUUUCCUUGGUUCUUUUUUUCUUUCUAACUUUCUAUCCACACUUUAACAUCCCGGCGCAUUACCACCGACUUUCCAAUACUGUACCCAUUACAACACUGCUCACUCACUCCCUAUCACGCAAGCUCGGAACAAGCUGCUUGAAUACCUACUACCUACUGUACUGUAUAUCUCCAACAACUAAGGCGGGUCCCAAUCUCCAUUCCUCCCAUAAAUCGCAAUAGACGGCACGGGAAAAUAUCGCAGCAAAUCUCGCGCCGCCGGUGUCCUGCUGCUUACCGGAAUCUCUUCCCGACCCCGACGGACGCGUUCAUUGGGUGGCGUCGCGAGGCCUCACGGCCCAGUCAUUUGAUUGAUUUCAGCCACUUUGGACUCGACAAGGCCCUGAGUGAACGGGUAGCCAAGGCGAAAGAAGACUUGUCGAUUUGUUCAUCCUUUCUUUUCCCUAUCUUCUCCUUUUUUUGGUCUCUUUUUCUUUUGCCUCGCCUCACUAUCAUUUGGCGCACCUACCACGUGUCGUCACAUCCCUUCUCCUUUUGCCUGGUUCGCAAAACCCCGGUCAUUUCUUUUUUACUACACCGUGCGUGUGUCAGGAUAUGGACUCCUUCAGCAAGGCGCGGGCACUCUUUUCCAAGGCGCUGCCCCCGCCGCCGCCAUCAGACAACAGCAGCAGCAGCAGCAAAACCAGCAAAAUCGGCAAGGAUGAUACAAUCAGCAAUGCCAGCGCUUCCGGCGCGACCUCCAGCUCCAGCACCAGGGUGUUUCCACCGCGAACCACCUCUACCAAGCCGCCGCCGCCGUUCUCUCCUCCUCCUCCUCCAUCCAAACUUGACUCGCCACUCCCCCGCCUACAAGAACAAGUAGCUCCGUCGUCACUCCUUCAGGCCGAUUCGAUCCGGUCGCCCAUUCAACGACGCCCCGUCGCCCCUCCGACCUCUCCGAGACCUGUUGCAAAGGCACCUACUCCCACCGAGCCCUCCUCCUUGCUGUCUCCUACUCUGACCGCACCCUCGCCGAAUGCUCUGCUGGCACCUCCAUCUCCGGCUCUCUCUUUUUACAGCUUGAUUUCGGCCUACUCGAGGGAUUCUGAGGAACCAGCUGUGCCACAAGCAUCCCAAGCUACAGAAGGUUCUAAGAACUCGUCUCAUGUUUAUCCGUCGGCUCUAGGUUCAGACGGCAAACCGCAGCAAUCGCCAUACACAUUACCGCCCCUAGACUUCAAGGACUCCCCCAGCUCAGGCACUAUGUUUGGAGAUGACAAGCCGCCACCCCCGCCUAUUAAGGACGGCGCAGUACCGGCGCGGAAACCCUUACCUCUGUCGAGCAACACCGGCAGCGACCAGCCAGCUGGGAAUGCUAUCCAGGCACCUCUGCCGCCGCCACCGGACAACGAUGACAAGAAAACGCAGCCUCCUGCUGAAAUCUGGAAGAGGCGGUCCGACAAGACAGACAAGCCGAUAGGGGUUUCUGAGCUCAAACUGACGGCAACCAACGGCUCCACUUCGGCCCCCAAGAUCAACACCCAGCCGGUGCAAUCAAUCUCAACGGCCAAGUCGCCCCACAAUCCCGAGUAUUUGCAGCAGCCGGGAACGAAUUUGUCGGCUCCUGACGCGAAACUCAAAAGUCCGCAGCCUCCACGGAGUGGUGGGCUUCCAGGUAGAAACAUUCGUCCGAAUGCGCCCGCUGAAACUUCAACUCAAAAUGGGUCCAGAGUACCCACGGUCGCUAGCGAUACCCUGUCAAAAAUUGGGACCAACGGUUCAGCCAAGCUUGUUGACGGCACACCGGCAGAGGACAAGAAGGAAAAUGUGACCGUACAAUCUCAACAAGAUGAUGCCGUGCGUCACCUUCCAGACUAUCACUCUCAAAAGCAAAGCCAACAGAAAGCCCAAUCGCAGCCACCGAUUCAAUCCCCCGACGCCGGCAUUCGUCGCCUUCCCACCCCCGACUAUGAGCAACACGAUGUGAAGAGUCCCAUCGUUGAACAUGUCGUAUCGCCUGUGUCACCAGCAUCUUCGCCGGACUUGAUUAGCUCCUACCUCGAUGAGAAAAAACCGUUGCCGGUUGCUCCAUCUUCUGCUUCGUCGUCAGACCAGGGUCCAGCCGUACCUAAAAAAGCUCUCAAACCACCUGCAAGCAGCGCUGCAACCCUCCCGGCGAGCCCAGCUCCUAAGAUGGGCAACCUUUGCAGCUUACCCAAGUCCCCUAGGCCCCGAGCAGACGCCAAGGAGCCCUCGGUCAGUUCCACCAGAGGUUCGCAUACAAAAGCCCAUGGAUCUGUCGAAGUUCCAUCAGUGGUUGAGAAAACCGCCGGAUCAUCGACACGAUCGCUCCAAGAACCUGCACCAAACCCAACAACAGCCGCCACAGACAAAUCGCUACAGGUACAAAUACCUCCGAACCCCCAGGGCCAAGCGCGGGCACGAUCUUCGUCGCCCAGCGUUGAAAGCAGCUACAGCGCCAACGUUACCAGCCCGCGCGAUCAGUUUCCUGCCAGGACCACGUCCAAGACUCAAGGGCUACCCUCUUCCCCGUUGGCCCGCAUCAACAAUCAAGAUCAGCAAAUCGCCCAGGCCGCCUCAAUAACAGAAGCAUUCUUGGAAUCCGAUGCAAGCGCAAGCCAAGUCUCUACCGUCAGACCGACCACAAGCCAACAACAACAUCAGCCGAACCACCUCUCUCCAUAUGAGACUAGACCCCCACCAACAGGCAGCGAUGGAACCAUUUACAAGGAGCUGGUGCAGAGCGACGACUUUGACCCGGCCAUUGCCCGUUUCCCCGCGACCAAGCUGACCAGCGACGACGUGCUAUCGGGCUCCGUCUACAAGAUGAGCUCGCUGAGCCGGUCUCAGCUCAACUGCUUCCACCGCCACCGCUUCAUGGUCCCCACCAGCAACGCCAACUACUCGCUGGCUUGCCAGACGUGCACCCGGGCGGACUCGGAGGACCGCUUCAGGUGCAAGUUUUGCUAUCUGCGUAUCUGCGCCUCUUGUAGAGACGUGCUGGCUCAGAACAGGGGUGAUCUUGAUGCGCUCAUGGCGCAUGUCAAGACCCAUGGUAGCAGCACGGCGCACGCCCCCUCGGGAUCCACCAACAGCAACAUCGCUGGCGUUCCGGGCUUCCCUGUCGUGACCGCACCUGCUUGAUUUUCGGAACUACCCCGUUUCAUACUCCGGCGCCCAAAAAUAAGAUACCAUUUAUUUUGAUUUUCUCGUGCAGCCAUGUUUCAUUUUCUUGAUCAUGGUCAUAUUUUUGAUUUAAGAACAAAAAUCGCUCCUCCCUCUCUCUGGUGGGGGAGAAUAAAAAGAUCUGAAUUCACAAAAAAAGAAUUGUAUAUACUUACGAUUUACUUCUUCUUUUUUCCAUCUGGGAACAGCCAGCGGGUUUCUGUGUUUUACCGGAGCUAGAGAGAGUGGUCACUACAGGUAAGGUGGCACUCGUCGGCCCCUCAAGUUUUGAAUUUUCUUUUGUGUAACAAAGAUAGAUACCACACGGCACCGUUUCUUUUCUUUUCUUUUUUUUUUUUUUUUGUAUCUGCCAAAACAUGAAGGCAUAAAUAUUCAUGUGAUUCUCGUCAAGCAUUGCACAUUGCCUCAUUCGGGGCAAGAGCUUGCACGACGGGACACAAUAUCAAAUGAUAAAUUUUUUCAAAAAGGCAGCAUUUGCAAUACGUGAAGAAAUGCAGCUCUAAUCCUUUUUAU